AUGGGGCUAGUAUUUCUUCUUGCCCCCCUGUUCAUCCUCUUCGUGGCUUUGUUGCCUUCCCCAUUUUUGUGUUUACCUCCAUUAAGCGCCCUUAAAAGUGGCGGAGGGAAAAAGAACUUAAGUAACUCCCCCACCCUGGGGCAUACCAGCAAGAAGCCCCUUCUGCUCAGCGAAAUAAAAUUGAAAAACCGAUUUAGAAAUGACGUAAAGGGGUUCAUACGAAACGUGAAAUCCUUUCACGACAUUAUAGAGCACAAGACUCCAAACUCGUUGUUGUACGUGCAGGAGGACUUACUCAAUUUUCACAACAGCCAGUUUAUUGGGGACAUAGAGAUCGGCACGCCUCCACAAAAUUUUAAAGUCGUGUUCGACACAGGGUCCAGCAACUUCGCCGUGCCCUCGACGAAAUGUGUCAAAGGAGGUUGUGUGCCUCACAAGAAAUUCAACCCCGACAAGUCCAGUACCUACACUCGGCAGUUAAAAGGCAAUAAGGAGUCCAUUUACACGUACAUACAGUACGGCACAGGAACGAGCAUUCUUGAGCACGGAUAUGACGACGUCAAUUUAAAGGGACUGAGGAUCAAACAUCAGAGCGUUGGCCUAGCCAUAGAAGAAUCUUUACACCCCUUUUCGGAAUUGCCUUUCGAUGGGAUUGUUGGCCUGGGAUUUUCAGACCCGGACUUUAGCUCUAAAAAAGGAUACGGGAUGUCCUUAAUAGAGACGAUAAAAAAGCAGAACCUGCUGAAAAGGAACAUUUUCUCUUUUUACGUGCCAAAGAAGUUACAGGAGCCCGGCUCCAUUACGUUCGGAAGUGCAAACAGAAAAUACGCCCUCGAAGGAAGACAAAUUGAGUGGUUUCCCGUCAUAUCGAUUUAUUUCUGGGAAAUUAACCUGGUAGACGUACAACUCUCCGACCAGAAUUUAAAGAUAUGCGAAAAUAGGAAAUGUCGAGCGGCCAUUGACACUGGGUCCAGUUUGCUAACCGGCCCAUCAAGCCUGAUGCAACCGCUGAUAGAAAAUCUGUACUUGCAGAAGGACUGCUCAAAUAAGAGCAGCUUGCCAAAUAUUUCUUUUAUUUUAAAAAAUGUCGAAGGGAAGGAUGUGAAGUUCGAUUUUACACCGGACGACUAUAUCCUGGAGGAAACUGACGAGGAGGAUAAUUCUGUUCAGUGCGUGAUCGGAAUAAUGUCGAUGGAUGUCCCCGCGCCUCGCGGGCCCAUCUUUGUCUUCGGUAACGUUUUCAUAAGAAAGUACUACUCGAUAUUUGAUAAUGACCAUAAGCUCGUGGGCCUCAUUGAAGCUCGGCACGACUGGUAA